AUGUCUUCACUACCGCAAAUACCUUCAAACAAUCAAAUCUCUUCUUCAUUUCAUCAAAAUUCUUUAAAUAUCUCAUCUUUAACAAAUUCUUCUUCAAAAAGUGUUUCGAUCAAACUUUCUCUUACUUAUCCGCAUCAUAGUAUAGACGAUAAACAAGACUGCCAGUCUCAAAUUUCUUCGAAUUCCUAUAUAAAAUUUAGAUUUUUUCAAACUGAUUCUAAAGAUGAUAUCAAACAAGAAAUUGCAAAAGCUUUUAAUGUUGAUGAGUUUUCUUUAAUAGAUGAAAGUGAUAACAUCAUUACCGCAAGUUGGUUUUCUUUAGAAGAUAAUCUAAGAUAUAAAAUUGUUGAUCGUUCUUCAUUUUUUAAAAAAAGUUAUGAUGAUGUUACUUUUGUCGUGUCGAAUGAAGAUAGAUUUUAUAAAAAAAAACGUGAUCGUGAUCCGUAUCAUGAUAAUAAAAAG